UUAUCGACCAAUAGAGGACCAGAUAGCCUUUCCGGGCUAUGCCCUGAUUGCAGGAAGCGGCUGUCGCUCAGGCGCAACGGGGUGGGCGUGUCAUUCCAUGAAAGUAGAAGUUCGGAAGGCUUUUAGCCAGGAGGAGCCCUUGGCCGGGAGCAAAAGCACGAAACGGGGUCCGUAGAGGAGAUCGGCCCGCUGUGCCAGGUGCUGGUGGAAAGUGGACUUGGUGUCAUGGCCCACAAGAGUCAGGAGCAGAGCCUCAGGGAAGAACUGACCUGUGCCAUCUGCUACGAUCUUUUCCGGGAUCCAGUCAUGUUGGAAUGCAUGCACCAUUUUUGCAAGGAGUGCAUCCAGGGCUAUUGGGGCAGAAGCUCACAAGUUGCCACUUGUCCCCAGUGCCGACAAGAGUUCCCCAACCGGUCCUUUCGCCCCCACUACCUUGUUUCUGGCGUAGUGGAGACAGUUCGGAGGUGCACCUCGGAGUCGGAGGAGCACAGGAAACAAAUGCAGAAACAUCUCAAAAAGGCAUUACAGUCUUAUCAGAUGGAACAUGAGAAACUGUUGAAAAUGAAGCAUGUGACAAAGAAGAAUAUCUGCAGUCUGUCGAAAACAUCUGGUGAGCUGAACUUAAAGAUCCGGGCAGAAUUUGAGUAUCUUCAUCGGCUCCUGGUGAAGGAGGAAAGAACAGCACUGAUGGAGCUAGCCAGAGAGGAGAAACAGUGGCUGGUGAAGCUGCAAGGAGCCUCUGCACAAGUAGAGGAGGGGAUCUCUGGGUUAAAGAAGAGCAUGAGGUACAUACAGCAAAAGCUGGACAAACUGGAGAACUCGUUGCUGGAGGUGGAAAACGUGAUUGUCAGGCCACCAGUGCAGGUGGAAGCAUUGCCUGCCUUUAGUAUAGAGCAGUACAAGGACAGGUUUGAUGGGCCUCUGCAGUACAUGUUUUGGAGAAGGAUAUUGAAAUCCAUCCACCCAGCUCCUGCCCCUCUGACCUUGGACCCGGACUCAGCCCACCCUCACCUCAUGAUCUCCAGAGACCUGACUUCAGUGACGGAGAGAGAGACGCCUCAACCUGUGCCAAGGAAGCCUACCCGUUUCCUGCAGUGUGUGAAUGUGCUGUCCAAGGAAUCUUUUGAGAGCGGGAGACAUUACUGGGAGGUCUGGGUAGGCAACAAGACCAAGUGGGAUCUGGGUGUGGCAGCAGAUUCCGUGGACCGGGCGGCAAAAGUCAGACUGUGCCCCGAGAAUGGCUACUGGGCUGUACGGCUACGUGAGAGUGCCGAAUAUUGGGCUGCAGCUACUCCUGCAGUGCGUCUGAAGCCCCAGCACUUGCUGGAAAAGGUGGGUGUCCUGCUGGACUGCCAGAAGAGCAAAGUGACCUUCUAUAACGCUAAGGACAUGUCCCAUCUCUUCACCUUCCAUCAGGCUGUGGCUUGCAAAUUCUACCCUUUCUUCAGCACUUGCUUCAGUGAUGGCAAGAAGAAUGCAGAGCCCAUGAAGAUCUGCCAUCUCAAUUUAUAAGCACACGUGGAGUCUCCCUACCAGCAGACUACAUCUGAUUUGAAUUCACUGAGGCUCUAGUACAGAGCUGCACAACUCAAAUGCCCUGGCGGGCCAGAACCAUCCACAACUUGGUGUGCAGGGGCCGAGGUCAAAUUUUUAGCACAUUACAUUAAAAUUAAAAAUAUUGUUAAUUACUUGUGGCUCUAUUCCCACUGUCAAUGGACCAUAUUUUUAACCAAGGAUAGUGGCCAGAGAAUAGGUCCUGUUCCUGCUCAAUCAGUGGGGCCCCUAGAGUGCAUGCCAGCCACAAACAAAUGCCAAGUCCUCUCAUCUCCCUAAAUUGUUGUUGCUUUCAGGCUGCAAGCUAGGCAUGCUUACAUGGGAGUAAGCCUCACUGGGCACACCAUGGAGCAAAUUUCUGAGAAAGCAUGCACAGGAUGGCACUAUGAGCAGGAUGCACAGCAUGCACAGGAUGGCACUGUGGGCAUUUUCCAGGUCCUGUGUUGUUGCAGGAUACCUGGGGGCCAGUAAAAUAGUCCCUGGGGGCCAAAUCCGGCCCCCGGGCCUUAUGUUGUGCAGGCCUGCUCUAGUAGAACCUACUUUCUUUUCUUUUUUCUUUUCUUUUUUGCAUUUGGGAUCUUUUCCCUAUCUCUAAAAUGAGAAGUAUUUGCUGGGAUAUAACAAUUUCCAGCAUGGGAAAGGUUGGCUUACUGCCCCUAUGCUGACAAACAUUUUGUUCUUGUAGUAUAGACUUCCAUCCCCUGUUGGGAUUAACAUUCAGGAUUAUUAGCUGUCGUUCUGUGGAUGCUCCUGAGUCUUGCCCCGCCCCACACACACACACUCUUUAUAUUAAAAGCACAUCUUAAAUAAGCUUCACCCAAAUAAACACAAACAAGAUACAACCAAUAAUAACAGAACUGCAUAGAAAAAUAUGAAAUUAAAAAAUUAUACUAAAUUAUCCAGAUUCUGACACACUUGCCGUUCUUCCCCAGAGUAGUGGCUUUUCCCAUUUAGUAUAUAUAUGUACAGGAACAUCUACUUUCAGUCUUCCUUUCUGAUCAGUCCUGCCAUCAUAACAACCCUGAGCCCACAUACGGCAGAAAUGAAAGGGCAGGAGAACUCAAGGUGCAGAGAAGACCAUUGGUUGCCCAGUGUAUUUCGAGUAUUGAAGUUUUCCAUCAAGCACAAUUCAGUUUUUAAGGAGAGACCAUCAUUGUCUCCCCCCACCAUCUCACAAUCAGGUGGUGUGGAUGGUGACUCUGAUCUCUCCUUGAAAGGACUAAAUUAGAAUUGUGCUUGAUAGAGGACUUCAGUACGUGAAAUGCAUUGGGUGACAAAUUGUCGUCAGUCCAGAUCUCAUCCCCUUUCGCUUUCCCAGAUGGAAAUAAGUUACCAACUGCAUUGCAGAAGUGGUUCAUGAGAAGCAACGCCUUUGCAUUGCUGAGGGGUUCUCAGCAUCUUACAAGAACUUCUGGCAGACCACUAGUGAACUACUGGAAAAUGCCAUUAAAAUGCCUUAAUAGCUGGAGUAGCUGGGCACAGUAUAUCAGAGCUGUUCUGUAUUGGCAACAGUGUGUCAGAGGCCCCUGCCAAGGUGGGCUGUACAAUCAACAAUUUGUUCUCAUUACAGUAAAAAUUUAUGUCAUCUUUUACUAUGCCAAAUAAAAAAUGCUUGCCUCUG